UACGUAUAUAUGACCUGCUCUCUGCUGUCUACCGUUUAUAGAAAUCAGGAACUUGUCUUGAGAAAGAAGGAAAAACUUCAUUAUCAGUGUUAGUGAUAGCUUGUGUGCUCCCUCCCCAUACACACACAUAGGGGUCACACAGGUGGCUCUCCACCCUGGUCUGUCCAACCGCCUGCAACCAGGAGCCACACUAUCGGGACACUGAGGUACAGAGGAGAUCCUGGCUACCAGACUUGUGGAUGUUACCAGCUGGAAGGAUGGAUGGGUUUACCCUCAUCUCCACGGCACACCCAGAAGAACUGGUUCCCUAUGAGACGGAGGUUUUUCGCCCGCCCCACGACUAUUACCCAUAUCUCAGUGACAGUGAAAGCCACGAGCAUUACUGGGAGUACCCCUCACACCUGCAUGGGGACCUCGAUGGAUUCCCAGACUCCCAGCUCACAGAACUGCAGAGCGUACAACCCCCGCAGCUGCAACAGCUGUACAGACACAUGGAAUUGGAACAAAUGCAUGUUUUGGAACCUGGAAUAACUGCUCCUCAUCCGCACCUGCAACUGACACACCAGGUGUCAUAUAUGCCCCGCAUGUGUGUGCAGUUCCAUGCACCAGCCAGUUCAGAGGAAGAUGACCACGAGAGACGCAGCCCGCCUUUGGAAGUGUCAGAUGGAGAGAUAGAUUCCCGAGAUCCUAGCUACGCGAUGCUUCUUGGAGAAACAGGCAACAAGAAGAAGAUCCGACUGUAUCAGUUUCUCCUAGAGCUACUGCAAAGCGGGGACAUGAAAGACAGCAUCUGGUGGGUGGAUAAAGACAAAGGGACAUUUCAAUUCUCCUCCAAGCACAAAGAAGCCCUUGCACACCGAUGGGGUAUUCAAAAGGGAAACCGUAAGAAGAUGACCUAUCAGAAGAUGGCUAGAGCAUUGCGCAACUAUGGCAAGACUGGAGAAGUGAGAAAGGUGAAGAAGAAGUUGACCUAUCAGUUCAGUGGAGAAGUUCUGCACAAAAUGUACACGGGUCGGAAGCAUUUUCAUCAUUAAGAUGGCAAACACAUCCGGGGCCGCCAUCAGGGGGGGACUGCCGGGAUAGGAGUCCAGGGACCGGGCCGUGAUGGGCUCAGAUUGACGUGCAUUGCAAGUUGCCAUAGAGGAACAGCACCAGCAGCAUUUUGAAUUUGGCACUUGCCGUGGGUUAUUUGGCCACAGCGGCAACUCCUCAUUGGCUGCCAGUCCACAAGCUCCAAUUGGCUCGCAGCCAGCUCCAAAUUUGCAAUUCCAGUGGCGCUGUGCCUCUAUGGCUGCCUGCUCUGGACUCUUUCCCUGUGCUGCUGCAGUGGUCCUGGCUCACCGCGGUCAUACCUGCAGUAGGUGCACUACCUGAUGUCCUGCAACCAGCGCUCAGAACAGUGUGUGAUAGCCGCAGGGGGAGUGAAAGGAGUGGACAGUCCAUUCUGGCAGCCCAGGGCCCCAGCAUUUCUGAUGGCAGCCCUGUAUACAUCUACAUGUACAACACAGAAGUGCCCUUACGUAUUCAAUUGGUACGAAAGACUCCACCGCUUUCUUCAGAAGAGGAAAGCAUUUACUGUAUUUGUAAAUACUAAUAUUAUAGUAAUUAUUUUUCUAUGUGUACGAAGUGUGCUUUAAUGAGAAAUCAGCAUCUUACCACUCAGUGAAGGAGAUGAGCGCUAUAUGGGGAGUACCCGAAACAUUUAUUAAUUUCAGCAUUAUUAUAAAAAAAUAAAUUAAUAAUUUGUAUAAUAUUUUACCUGAGAAGUACAAAUGCUGAAAUUGUUUAGCAGUGUUAAUAAAAAAAUAAAAACAUUUUAAAAUUG